UUGUUUACAUUUACAUUGCCAAGGUCCAAGGUCAUAUAUAGAGCAAUUGUCAUUGAUUUUUGUUUAAAAAAGGCUGAGUUCCUUUAAUUCCGAAAUGCCUGUGCAUGAGUCCUUUAAAGCCAGCAACUUUCGAAGUACAUUGCAAGUCAUAUAUUAAUAAAACGAUGGCAUUGGUGUGCAUCCCCACCUCAGCCCUCUGGCCCUGACAGAGAAGUGGACUGUAGUCAAGAACAGAUAAGAUAUCCCAUAUCUACACUGCUGCGAUCAAGGACGUUGAGAUAUGGUAUGGUAAAGUUCCCAGCUCUUGAGAUAAUUGUAUCAUUCAAGUACAAGGUGAGAUUCAUGUGCCAUCAGACACAAUCUCAACGUGGGGAUCUAGCAGUCGCCAUCCAGUCUGUUGCGGGUGCUGAACCUAGUGGUUAGUCGCAAAGUGGAACUAAGUGCUGACUGCUGAAGUUGUAGUAUUGCUGAGGAAUCACCCAGGGUACUGGGACAGUACUGCACUGGUACAGCACACUCAGAGCAAGAGACUACCUGUUAUCUUUUGAAACUGGAAACAUCUAGCCAUCCAGAAUGAUAGCAGCAAGUAAGCUGUCAAGAACACCAUAUGGGUGUCAUGAAAUUGCCCACACAUGGACAUCAUCAUGUCCAAAGUCAUGGCUGGAUGUUGGCAUUCCAGGAGUUCGGGAAGCCAUGAAAAUCUAUCUGCCGCUGUUUAUGAUUUCAAGACUGAUCAAAGCAAAGAAGCUGGAUAAAUCCACUCUUCAGAAGCUUGCAAAAGAAACCCUACAGUCUUCAACAUUCCUUGGAGCAAACUGCUACUUCUUUUUAUCAUGUUUCUGUUUUGUGAGGAGUUUGCCAUUCAUCCCAGCAAGAGAAUCCAUCAUGCUUGCUGCCUUUAUGUCUUCCUACAUGGCUAUCUUUCUGGAAAGAGAGGACAGAAGAAAUGCUCUGACAGUGUACAUGACCAAUGUGGCAUCAGAAACCCUGUUCAAUAUCCUGAAGGCCAGAGGACUUGUGCCACAAGUCCCACAUGGUGAACGACUGCUCGCCAUUGCCACGCUAGCGACCAUCUUCUACAUGCACAAGCAGGGCAAGUGCGAGGGACUCCUGGGCACUCUGACGAAGACGCUGCUGGGGACGGUGGAGGUCUGCCCCCCGCCGGGCGACGGCCGAGGUCAGGAGCCGUCGGCGGGCGCCCGGCUGGUGCAGUACGUGGUGCGGCUGGUGCGCGGCGCCCGGCCGCCGCCGUCCCCGCGCCGGCCGCUGACCGUGGCCCGCCACCCGUGCUGUCCGCACGCGGGCGGCUGCGCGCCGUACGCGGCCGCCGGCCUCUGCGAGUCGCUGCUGCUGGGUGUGGCGCUGCAGACGGGUGUGACGGCGGCCGGCGGCCUGCUGCGACUGGUCACCACCAGCCGGCCGCCGGCGCCGCCCGCCGCCGCCGCCCUCCUUAGGCUCGGAUUCGGCCUGGGCUCGCUCUCGGGCCUGUUCCGGCUGGUCAGCUGUCUGCUGCGCCGGCAGCGCGGCCGGGACGACGCCUGGCAUGCACUGCCCGCUGGCGCGGUAGCUGCCGCCGUCGGCCUGCGGUUCUUUAGCAGCCGCUCGCUGACGCUCUACCUGUUCUGGAAGACGGUGGAGGCGUGCUACUGGCGCGGCGCGGCGUCUGGUCGUCUGCCGCGGCCGCCGGGCGGCGGCGCGCUGCUGUACGCCCUCAGCACGGGCCUGGUGCUGAGCGCCGCCGUGCUGGAGCCGCACCAGAUCCGCCGCUCGUACUGGACGUUCCUGCGCCAGCUGACGGGCGGCCACGUGGCGCAGAUGAACUGGCCGCUGAUCGCGCACUGCUGCGGCGCCGACACGCUCCGCCUGGAGGAGCUGCGGCGGUACAGGCCCGUGUUCAACGCCGACGACGUGCGCGCCGCCAGCCUGCCGCUGCUCCGGCAGCUGGGACAGCUGCUGUAGCGACGCAGGGACAGCAGCUGCUGUAGAGACACUGGGACAGCUGUUGUGGGGCCGCUGGGGCAGCUGCUGUAGGGACGCUGGGACAGCUGUUGUGGGGCCGCUGGGACAGCUGCUGCUAUAGGGAUGCUGGGACAGCAGCUGCUGUAGCGACGCUAGGACAGCUGUUGUGGGGACGCUGGUAGAGCCGCUGUAUCGGCACGGUUGGGACACAACUUGGUGCCAGUGACCGGCGAGUCUGAGGUAAUGACUUGGAAACUCAUGGAUCACGCUGGGUGGGGUAGGUGAAACGUGCUUGGGAGAUACGUUAUGUUACAUUGGGAACUGAGGGAAAGUGCUACUGGUAUUUCCGGUGCGAGCUUACUAAAGGCCACUGGGGCCAUGCAAUAUUAGUCCAGGGGGCCUCAACGGCGCUGAAUGUGAUUGCGUUCGAGGUGUGAGAACCUAGCGGAUAAUCAUGUACUUCCAAUUAGUGCCUUGCCAAACAUAUCAGCGACGCGUACGUUUUCUAUUGCCAAUGUUGCGUAGGUAGACAAUGAUUUGUUUCAUAGUGAUGCACAAUGCACAUGUCAACAGGCCGACAACGAACAAUCGCAGAAUCGUCGGACAAGAGAUCCCCGACUGUCUUGUCCAUUUCUGAAUCAGGUUUAUCCUUCCAACGUAUUCCGAAAGUUGUAUGAAGUGCAGUAUGCCUUAUGGACACGUGUUGACUUAUGCGACUCGACUGCUCUGGCUAGUAUGUUGAGAGCUCAGAUGAUAGGAUGCGUAAUGUGCAUGGUAAACGAUAAGUAUUUCACGGUAAAGAGCUGUGAAAGUGGACAGGGUUCACUCACUACCUCUUACAUUAGUAAUGUGCGUUUCCAGACAGAUAUUGAGAUGAUGAAACUCAUUUUGGAUAUUUUUCCCCGGUGCGCGGGUGUAUGUUGUAAGUUGGAAGCAGUGUGCUGAUCUUGCGAAUCUGAUAUUGUUCACGGAUGCGAGAAUGUUAGAUAGGGGGUAGAUUGGUGGUUCCAAAUGUAUUUUAGAAAAUAUACUUUCACCUGGAUCACAA